AUGGAGUCAGAUUUCUCACGAGCCAUCACUGAAGAACUCCACUGCUCUGUCUGCCUGAGCUACCUUACAGACCCAGUCACCAUAAGCUGUGGCCACAGCUUCUGUCGAGCCUGCCUCCACCUUUUCUGGGAAGACAGUCUCCUUCCAGGCCAUUGUCCUACAUGUAGGAAAAGAACCAAGCAGAAGGACUUCAGAACCAACAUUGUUCUGAAGAAGCUGGUGUCCAUCGCCAAACAAGCCAGCCUCAAGAAGUACCUGAUUUCAGAGGAGAAUGAGUGUGUGACCCACAAGGAGCCCAAGGGGAUCUUCUGUAUGGAGACCAGGAUCUACCUCUGUCAGCUCUGCUCUGACUCCCUCAUACACAGAGAUCACAGACACGCUCCCAUUGAAGCAGCUGCUGAGGGUGAAAUGGAGAGACUUCUAAAGCAAAUGGCAUCUUUACAGGAGAAGAUCCAAGAAAUUAAAGAGAAUCUAGAGGCAGAGUGCAGAAUGAAACUUUUGUUUAGAGAUGUGGAUAAUAUAUUGAGAAGGAGUGAGGCAGUGGAGCUGAGUAUACCCCAAGCUAUGAAACCAGAACUCUCUGUCUUCCCCAUCACUGGACUGACUGAAAGUUUCAACCACUUCGAAGGUGAGUGUGAGCAAUGA